AUGGCGGUCACUGCUCACUUUGUUGAUCAAAAUUGGAAUAUGCAAAGUCGGAUCAUGAGGUUUAUUUAUGUGCCUUGUCCACAUACAUCUGAAGUUCUUGCGGAUGUACUUUAUGAUUGUUUAUUGGAUUGGAAUCUUGAUAGGAAACUGUCUACACUAACUGUUGAUAAUUGCACCACAAAUGAUGCAAUAAUCAACAUAUUGUUGGACAAGCUUCCUAUGAGUUCACUUAUGAUGGGUGGGAGGUUGUUCCACAUGCGAUGUUGCGCACACGUUCUUAAUUUGAUAAUUCAAGAUGGAUUGGCUGUUCUUGGGGACGGGAUUGAAAGGAUUAGAGAUAGUGUGGCCUUUUGGACUGUAUCGCCAAAAAGAGAUCAAAAGUUUGAGGAAGCAGCUCGCCAAUUGAGAAUAUCUUCCACCAAGAAAUUGGCACUUGAUUGCAGGACUCGAUGGAACUCUACUUAUUUGAUGAUUAGUGUUGCUAUAGUUUACAAAGACGUAUUUCAACGCUUACACCAACGAGAGUCUCAAUAUAAAAGUUUGCCAACGCAGCAGGAUUGGGAGUUUGCUAAAAAGAUUUGUGAUAGAUUGCAAUUAUUUUAUGAGGUAACAGUAAUGUUUUCUGGUUCAAAGUAUCCCAUYACAAAUGUAUUUUUUCCAUCGAUAUGUGAAAUUAGGUAUUCUUUGGUCGAUUGGUCAUGUUCUCCUAGUGAAGUUAUUAGAAACAUGGCUAAGAAGAUGCUUUUGAAGUUUGAUAAGUAUUGGUCUGUUAUACAUGGGAUUAUGGGAAUGGCAGCGGUUUUAGAUCCUCGGUAUAAAUUGAAGUUUGUGGAGUUACUUUUUCUCGUGUUGUACGGACAAGACAAAUCCGCAACUAAACUUGAAAAGCUUAAGGAAUUGGUCUACACUUUAUUUCAAGAAUAUGAGUUUAGUGAUCCUGGCGUAAGAAACAACAUCGAAGGUGUUAGUGAAUUGGAUAAUUAUUUGAAAGAGAAACUUUUGCCUAAAGACAUGGAACUUGCUUUGCUACAUUGGUGGAAGACAAAUGGGUUUAAAUACCCAACACUUCAAAGGAUGGCUAGAGACAUAUUAGUCGUUCCUAUUUCAACUGUCGCCUUGGAAUCUGCAUUUAGUACCGGUGGAAGAUUGGUGACUCCACAUCGUAGUCGACUUCAUCCAAAAACAUUGGAGGCUCUAAUGUGUGCUCAAAGUUGGCUAUUGAAURAAAUACGAGAAACUUGUUCUGAUGAGACCGAAGCAUAUUGCCGUACGAUUGAGUAUGAUUAUGAUGUGGAAGAGGAAGCUAAGGGAAGUGAAAGCUUGGGUUGA